UUCCUUUUCUUCUUCCUACUCUAUCUUCAGCACCUAGAACAGAGCUUGGCAUGCGCUAGGCACUCAAUACCUGUCGAAUGAACUCACUUGUUGAAUGAACUCACUUUGUUGAAAACCUAUUUAUGAAAAGAGCUUUGAGUGGUACCCAGCGGUUUCCUUGAUAGCUGAUCGCCCUGCAGCGCCCCCCAGGGGCAGAGAAUUGGCUGCACCUACUGAAUAUCAGCACAGAUAUUAACUAGUGGUUCCAGCUAAUUAGACUUUCGGCACAUGUUCUCAGCUAGAGCUCAGGGUGGUCCACCAACGGGCUUGGGGACGUGUAAACCAUCACUCCGUCUGCCUGUGGGGGUCCUUCUUAGGGAAGAUGCUCAUCUACCCAUUAGGUAACUAAUUAGUCUCUUGAGACCGCAUUGGUGGUUGGGGGUAUUGGAAGCUGCUCAGAUUACGGUCACUGUACCAGGUCUGCCAAAGGUGAUCUCAUGAUUAACGAUUGCCUGAGGUUACCAUGCUCAGACUACUGAACCCCUGGAAAAUGCCCGGAACCGCACCGUUAAUACUGACGUACAGAUGCUCAUUCCUCCGGAAUAUCCGCAAUUUUGCGGUCUGGUUUUCAGCUGCUUCGGGCUUCGUUCAACUUAUCGAUAACCCUGGAGAAGCUGGGGAGCGGUACGGACCCCAUGGAGAACCCACGCCUAGCUGCGCAAGCACUCUAACCUGUAGCUAGCUAGCUUGCUCGCUCGCUCCUUGGCACCCACCAGGCCCCCAGCCGCUCCCAUCGCCCAAAUCCUUUCAAACAAGGUUCCCUCCUGCCACCUGCCGGCCCGUUAGGGUCUACGCCUUGGGCUCGGCGCCACUGCGCAACUCGCGCGGAGCCGCCCCCGCCUCCCUACUGCACAUGCCCGGCAGAAGUCCGGGCGCGCAACUUUGCAGAACCUCUCCGCCCCGUUUGUCUUCGCCUCAGUCUCCUCUUUCCUCUCCCAGGCGAGAGGACCAGUGGAGGCACCUCUCCCGAGUCUUAGGCUGCGGUCUAAGACUUAGAGAGAGGAGCCUGGGGAGGAGAUAGGCUUUUUCUCCCCUUUUCCCAUCCCUCCUUUUUGCCCAGAGAGGCAAAUAGAGGCGCGGAGCUUUAGAAAGUUGAGUGGUCAAGAAGGUAGGUGCUUCCCUUUUUCUCCUCGCGCCGAGGUGGGGCUGGGACCUCCGGACCCAGCUUCUUAACCUCGCGAGGAGCACCUUUUUCGGCUCUAGCAGCCGAUGCUCUUCGGAGCUGCUCUCUGCAGAGCCAGAGGGUGGGUCGGAUUCGCCGAGUGCGCGUGAGGAUGGAUCGCAGAUCCCGAGCUCAGCAAGGGCGCCGAGCUCGCCACAGUUACAACGAUCUGUGCCCACCCCUAGGCCGCCGGGCAGCCACCGCACUCCUCUGGCUCUCCUGCUCCAUCGCGCUCCUUCGCGCCCUUGCCACCUCCAGCACCCGCGCCCAGCAGCGCGCCGCUGCCCAGCGCCGGAGCUUCCUUAACGCCCACCACCGCUCCGCCGCCCAGGUAUUCCCCGAGCCCCCCGAAUCCGACCACGAGCACGAGGAGCCAAACCUCGAGCUCUCCCUCCCCGAGUGCCUGGAGUACGAGGAAGAGUUCGACUACGAAUCCGAGACCGAGACCGAGUCUGAAAUCGAGUCGGAGACCGACUUCGAGACCGAGCCCGAGACCGCCCCCGCCACUGAGCCCGAGACCGAGCCCGAGGACGAGCGCGGCCCCGUGGUGCCCAAGCGCCGCACCUUCGACCAGUCUCUCACUGAGCGUCUCAACGCCCUGAGGUUGCAGAGCCCCGACGCCUCCCCACGUCGCGCGCAGCCCAGCACUCGGGAGUCCGAGAGCCCCAGACAACGGGAGGAGCCCGAGGACAAGGAUCCGAGGGACCCCGAAGAGUCUGAGCAGCCAAAGGAGGAGAAGCAGCGGCGGCGGCGCUGCAAGCCGAGGAAGCCCACCCGCCGCGACCCAUCUCCGGAGUCUCCUUCCAAAAGGGGACCCAUCCCCAUCCGGCGUCACUAAUGGAGGACGCGCCCCGGAUUCUCCUUGUUUUCUUUGACCCAGG